AUGAAUUUCGAUGAUCCAUCAUAAUUCUUGAUGAUGCCUCCUGGUGGUGGAUAGCCUAGAGCAGGUAAAAUAUCUCAUUCAGCAUCAUUUACUAAUUAUUAUGACUACUUAGGCAAUCAAAUGAAAAAUUAAUCUUCAAUGAAUAUGGGAAAAGGUUAUGGAGCUCAAAAUUCUCCCUCAUCAUAAUUAAAUGGGAACAUUAAAAUGCCAUUUCCAUCAUAAUUAGAUGUAUUUAGUAAAGAUGGGAAUGAUUAAUUCGGAUAUAAAGAUCCUGAAAAUUUUAAUGACUUUGAAGGUAUGGGAUAUAAUGGAGCACCUUCGAUUGUUGACACUUAUAUUGGUGAUUCCCAAAAAGAUUAGUUGAUUCAGAAAUUGAGAUAGUAGAAUGGAAUCUUGAGAGAGAAGCUAAAGGAAUUGAAUGUAGCUCUGGAUACAGCAUUAGAGAAGGCAUCAAAGAACUUGAACAAGAAGAAUAAUUAGCUUCCACCAAAUAUAGAGCAGCUAUUCAAGUCAAAAGACAGAGAGAUGAUGAACUAAGAAUAGUAGAUACUGAAUUUAAAAAAGGAGGUGCAGUCUCUGAGAUAAAGACUAGAUACUGAUUCUGGAAUUGAAAAAUAGAUGAAACUUGAAUCAAAUCUUAAAGAGGCAGAGAAAAGAAAUUAGGAGCUAAUGAGAGAAAUAAAAGCGUUAUAAAAAAUAUAGAAUGAACAGGGCAAAGCCUUGGAUAAAAUAACGAAUUCUAAUGACUAUAUAAAUAAGAUAAAAAAUCUAAUGGAUGAAUUAAAGCUUACUAAGGAAAGACUCAAAGACUUUGAGGAGAAGGCUCGAGGGCAAAUAUAACUAAAAAACUUCGAUAAAGAUGAGUAGAAGAGUAAAGAUCAAUUGAUUGAGGAACUGUAGAUUAGAAACGCCUAAUUAGAAAAAAAUAAAGAGAUACUAGAGAAAUCUAGGGAGCAAGAUCUUAAGAAGAUAGACAUGAUGAGAAAAAAGCAUAAGUCUUAGAUUGAGGAAUUAUUUGCUUAGCUUGAACAUCUCAAUAGGGGAUAUAAAGAAAAAGAUUAAGAGAGCCGCAUAGUAGCUUCUAGGUUGAAGGAGAUGAGCAGAGGUAUUAAGAAUAGUCAGCUAGCGCCACUAAAUGAUAGAAUUAGAAAUGCUAGUGUGGAUAUUAGUUUGAACUAGGAUAUUUAAGAUAAAGCUGGAGCAAGAGGACUUGGCUUAGCAGAAAAAUCUUCUAUAGUAAAUUCUCACAAAUAUCAGUCAAAGAUACCUUAGUUAAAGCAAGUUGGUUUAAAACAUAACUUCCCAAUAACUCAGCCUUAGACGCCAUCUAAAAUUAGAAACCUAGGUAGUCAGCUAGGAAGUAAGCAUGGUGGAUCCUCAUCAACGAACAGGAAGGAAACUGAAUAGUUUGUGAAUCUAUAAAAAGUUAACUAUAAGUAAAUGGUUGAUGACACUAAGAAGGGUUUGGCUAAAAACUAUAGCAAGCAUGAACUAUCUAGCAUUACAAAAAAUGAUAAGUCUGAUGAGGAAUUUUAUGACUAUGAUGAGAAAUCUUUUGAAAAGAGAUAUGGUCAGAGACUGAACCAAGCUUCGACUAUCGAUAGUGAAAAUUAGAAGUAAAGCUAAUUCAAGAAUCAGAAGGCAGGAGGCUAGAAUGAGGGGGGCAAGUUUGAAUUACCAAAUGAUACAGAGAGUAAUGUAGAUGUGAAUUAGUCUAUGAUUGGACUAAGUAAUCAGAAUAGAAGAUAGCAGCAAUGA